UGCUCUCUUCUACAGCUUUUGCUUCACUGCCCUCUGCCGUCUGUGUGGUAGUAGAGCGGUGACGCUAUUCCGUUGCCAGUAGCAACUUAAAUAGUCUGGUGAAGAAAGGCAAGAUAGAUAACGUAGCAAACUCGCAUUUACUAAUAUACCAGACGAAAAUAAUUUACUAGAAUUCACAGUUCAGCGCCUAAUUUUUCCCCCAUGCUAGCACACUAGUUCUCACUCUGACGUAUUUUCCUGCAUAAAGUCGCAUUUACAUCUUAGUGCCAUGGCUGAUUUUGGGUUCAGUGAACAUCACCAGAAAGAGGUCAUAAAUUAUAUGCGCUUUGCUCGCUCUAAGAGGCUACAGCGACUCAAGACCAUUGACUCAUGCUUUCAGGAACUCAAAGACAGCAGACUGGUUGAGGAGACAUUCACGGUGGAUGAGGUGUCAGAUAUGCUGGAUGGGUUGCAGGUGGUGGUGCAUGGAGAGGUGGAGAUGGAGCUCAUCAACACUGCCCACACCAAUGUCUUGCUCCUUCGCCAGCUCCUUUCCCAGGCUGAGAAAUUCUACCUGAAACUGCAGACUGAUAUCUCAGAGCUGGAGAGCAGAGAAUUACUGGAACAAGUAGCAGCAUUUGAGAAGACUGAUUUUAAAACAAACAUCAAGGUAAAUCAAGAAACUGGCAAACUCAAGUUAGCCCCAUUAAAUGAGGGAGGAGUGUCAGAGCUGCUCAACAAGGAAAUCUCCAGACUACAAGAGGAGAAUGAUAAACUGAAAGCUAGGCUCAGAACAUUGGAAUGCCAGGCCAUGAGUGCCCUAGAUGAGAAAUGUGAGGCUGAGAGGACUCUAAAUGAUCUUCAGAAAAUUCAUGGAGAUCAGCAGCACUCCAUGCAUGCUCAGGAGAUCUCUAAACUGGAGGGCACUGUGGCAGCCAUGCAGAUCAAUUUUGAGAAGACACUCAGUGCUAGUUCUGCAUCACAGAAGGAGCUACAGGACAGCCUGGUGUCAGCGAAACAUGAGCUGCUCCGUGUUCAAGAUCAGCUCACCCUCGCUGAGAAGGAACUAGAUAAGAAGUUUCAACAAACAGCUGCAUAUCAGAACAUGAAAGAGAUUCUGAAUAAGAAGAAUGACCAGAUUAAGGAGCUCAGGAAAAGACUACAAAGAUACGAGUCUGAUGAGUGAUGUCAUGGACCAUAAAAAUUGGUUUGUGUGAAGGGGCUUUACAGGCAAAAGCAGAUGAAGAGUUUUGGCCACAACAUACUAAACAUGGAACGGGACCAAAGAAGGGGAAAAAGGAAGUUUUUAAAUAAUAAAUUGACUGAGGUUCCCAAGUUUCUCUAACCGGAUCUUCCUAUAUGAAUAACACUAUUGCUGUGCUUAGGGAUGUGUGUUGAAUCUGAGCAUUUUUUUUUUUUUAAAUUUUGCUUAAGAUUAUUGAAUAUGCGCAGUAUGUAAUCUAAAAUGCACUGUGUUUUCAUGUUUUCCACUUAAAACUCAUAAUUUUUUUGUCUCUAUAAUUCAUCUUAUGUGCCCAGUGCAGCACUUUCUCAUAUUUAAAGUUUUGUUGCUAUUGCCUUAGAAAUAAUGAUAAAUGUUCGACAAUAGGCUUUGAAAUGUUAGAUCAUAGCACCACUUUUUUGUGCUUUCUGUAUCUGUGUAUAAGUUUUGUAUAAAUGUAGUGUACUGCAAAACAGCAUGUCUUUAUCAUUUUUGCCUUCUGUGGGUUUAGAUGUCUUAUGAACUAUAUGUUCAAUUAUAUACUUUUUGUUGUAGCUCAGUGGUAUUUUUUCACACCACAUUAACCACUUUUU